AUAUUCUGCAGCUGAUCAUAUAAGACAGCAAACUGUUUGUGAGACAAAAAUCUUGAGAGGACGUACAAAUUUUGGUAGCAUAUUGUUACUAUUGGCAAUAAGAAAUUAAAUUAGACUUGAAAACAUCAAUAAUGGCAGAAUUCAAAGGUGCAGCGAAAACUCUUUAUAUAUGGGCACAAUCAGCGCUCGUUCAAGCUAGUACAGAGAAGUUGAAGGAAGCAACUGGAGGGGAGGUUGUUUUGGAGAAUAUCAAUCGCUUGACUUUUGCCACUUACGGCGAAUCUACAUUUGAUCUAAUUGUGGUUGAAAACGCACAGUUGACAGAUGCGUUUGAUAAACUCUUGCGUCUUUUGAAGCCCAACGGAAAGCUGCAUUUGGCCAGUAUUUUCGGUACACCAGAAAUAUUUCAACAAGAGCUAAAACUAUCUGGUUUCAUUAACGUUACCAUCAAUAAGGAAGGUGGCACUUUGACAUGUCAGAAACCGAAUUACGAAACUGGUUCGGCGAUAAAACUGUCAUUCGCCAAGAAAGAUGGUCAAACGGCAUCCGUAUGGAAAGUAAAUGGUGAUGGUGAUGAGGAGCUGAUUGAUGAAGAUGAUCUACUGGAUGAAGAAGACAAGAAGAAGCCAGAUCCGGAAAGCUUGAGAGUUUGCGGCACAACCGGUAAGCGAAAGGCUUGCAAAAAUUGCUCUUGCGGUUUGGCUGAGGAACUGGAAUCCGAAGCAGAGCAGAAGGCUAAGGCAGAUACUGCCAAUGCAAAAUCUAGUUGCGGUAGUUGCUAUUUGGGAGAUGCGUUUCGCUGCUCAACAUGCCCUUAUUUGGGUAUGCCUGCCUUUAAACCUGGCGAGAAAGUUGAAUUGGCUGGCAAUUUACUUAACGAUGAUAUAUAAAGUGCCCAUCACACGCUUUAUACUGCAAUAAACUUAAAUUAAAAAGUAUUUAUAAUCGUAUGGCAGACUCCAAAUUUCUAAAUUUACAUACUACGAUAUUUGUAUGCUGAGAAAUAAGGAAAUAAGUUGAGAAAAUGAAUUCGGUCAAAAAUGAUGCCUUCUUGUUCAUAUACAUAGAUCUGUGUUUUUAAUAAAUGCAUGCGCUAGUAUUGCAAUAGUAACGCUUUAUAUUAUUGUCGCAUUGGUAUUAGAGGAUAUUAUGAUCCUUAGUGGGCAUAUACUGUGAUUGCAUAAAAUAAAUGACUUUCUGUUUCUUCAUUAUUGAGACAGAAUUUUUAACAUAAA